CGUCGUCGUAGACACUUCCAAAUCAUGCGUAAAAAAAUAUAAAAUCUAAUGAGAUAAAAAAAUAUGUCCAUUUUGUCUCACUUUUAGGCGGUUAUUGGUAGAAACACAAUGUAUUUGGAAAUUUUAUUAGCUACUUCCUGUACUGCCCUUACUUUAGUGAGUUUCAAACUGUACAUUAAAGUAACUACAGGGUUGUGCAAAAGUCAAGUCUGUUUGAAAGGAAAAACUGCCCUCAUUACAGGAGCUAAUACUGGUAUAGGUUAUGAAACUGCUCUGGAUUUUGCUAAAAGAGGCGCUCGAGUUAUUUUAGCUUGUAGGGACGAGAAACGAGCUAGACAAGCAUGUAACCAAAUAAUGAAAGAAACCAACAAUACUGAUGUAGUUUAUAAACUGGUAGAUUUGGCUUCUUUCAAAUCAGUCCGAAAAUUUGCUGAAGACGUGAAUAAUACUGAAGAACGUUUAGAUAUACUGGUAAAUAAUGCUGGAGCAGGUCGUUUGGGCAAUCAAAGAACAGAAGACGAUUUGCCAAUCAUUCUGCAGGUCAACUAUUUCUCCCACUUUCUAUUAACCAAUCUGCUUUUAGAUCUGUUAAAGAAAAAUCCUAGUAGAAUUGUCAACGUGUCGGCAAUAGGAGCUAAACUUGGAAACAUAGAUAUAAAAACUCUAACAGUAUACAAAGGAGAUAGUGAUCAGUAUAUAACUUCAAAGCUUUGUCAAAUUUUGUUUACCAUAGAAUUGUCUUCACGGCUGCAAAAUACCAAUGUAACUUCUUACUCAUUACACCCAGGAGUUAUCAAGACAGAAAUAUUCAGAAACCUAGAAGCGUGGAAGAGAAGACUGAUUUUAUUUCUGAUAGAGAUAUUUUAUAAGACCGCUCCUGAAGGAGCUCAAACCCAGAUAUAUUGCGCCAUAGAGAAUGGGUUGGAAAAAUACAGUGGACAGCAUUUCCAUGAUUGUAAACUAGUCAGCAGGUAUAAAAGUGCUAGGGAUCCAGAACUAGCAAAGGCAGUUUGGGAAGAAAGUGAAAGAAUUGUAGGUUUGACAAGGUGAAACAAAUAACUGCAAUGUAUUUUUUUCAAUCUUCAUUGUUUCCAAUGGAAUAUCUUGAUUCUAGUCAGAGAGAACCAAGAAUUAGAUAAUUUAACAGUGUUCAAACAUUUUUUAAUAAACCAUUUACAAUAA